AUGUACUGUAUCCUGCUUGCAAAUCCAAUUUGAUUAAAAGUGUUAUUAACAUUAACUACUUAUAAAAGAAGCGUUCUAAAGGUCACAUACACCAAUAACCACUCCAUAGCAAUUUUCUGCAUGCUGACAGUCUGCACAUUGGCAUAUCAUUGUGGCGCUCCAAUCGGAAAUGAGUUUGCAGUUGGAAAAUUUGAGUGCGCCACGUGUAGGCUUCUGAAAAAGUUGAAUUUUCGGGUGAUUUCAUGACGAAGAUGAAACUCGAGGCUUAGGCUUAACGCCCCAUAUUUUUACUAG